AUGGUCCGAAACAUUGUGGUCCUCGGCGGUAACUCGCAUCCCGCCCUCGUGGAAAGCGUGUGCAACAUCCUGGCUCUGCCCGCGUGCAACCGUAUCCUCACCAAAUUCUCAUCUGGAGAGAGCCGCUGCGAGAUCCAGGACUCGGUUCGUGGCAAAGAUGUCUACAUCAUCCAGACUGGUUUCGGUGGCAAUGGCAGCAAGCUCAACGACCACUUCAUGGAUCUGUGCAUCAUGAUCUCGGCGUGCAAGACGGGCUCAGCCCGGAGGGUCACGGCAGUCCUGCCCUUGUUCCCCUACUCGAGGCAACCCGACCUCCCGUACAAGAAGACCGGCGCUCCCCUUUUCAAGGCACCCUCCGACAACGGCAAAAAGGACUACACCUUUGACAGCGUGCCGGCGACACCUGCCCCUGGUGUUCCCCGGAGUGCCGGGUUCGUCAAUGGCACCGACAUCACAAACCGGCUCACCAAGACGACGUCAUUGCCCAACGGAACCAACGGGAUCAACGGGACUAAUGGGAUCAACGGGACCGGUGCCAUGUCCCCUGUCAAACAGACCAACGGCGACGCCUUUUUCGGUGCCAACGGCCAGAGUAUCGCAAGCCCUGUGUCGGGUGCCAUUGGCAGUUACACGACACACGACUACGAGAACGUGUCCCACGUCGGCGCAUUCCAAGCGAAGCCCGGGUAUAAGCAGUGGGUGGCACAGGCAGGAACCCUGGUGGCCAACCUCUUGACCUGUGCUGGCGCUGAUCAUGUAAUCACCAUGGACCUGCACGACCCUCAAGUCCAAGGAUUCUUCGACGUCCCCGUCGACAACCUGUACGGCAGACCUCUGCUCAAGCGGUACAUCCAGACGCACAUCCCCAACUACAAGGAUGCCGUCAUCAUCAGCCCUGACGCCGGCGGUGCGAAGCGUGCGACGGCAAUUGCAGACGGCAUGGGCAUCGAGUUUGCCCUCAUCCACAAGGUAACAUCUCUCUGUAUCACGGACAGGCAAAACGCGAGUAUGAUGCUCGUCGGUAAUGUAGCAGACCGGGUCUGUAUCCUCAUCGACGACCUCUUGGACACGGGCAACACCAUCACCCGGGCCGCCAAGCUCCUCAAGAAGGAGGGUGCCACCAAAAUCUACGCUCUCCUCACCCACGGUGUCUUCAGCGGAGACGCCAUCAGCCGCAUCAAGGCAUCGGCCAUCGACAAGUUGGUCGUGACCAAUUCGGUUCCGCAAAACGAGCACAAGGCGCUGCUCGGGCCCAAGCUUGACAUCUUGGACAUCUCGCCCAUCUUCGCUGAGGCCAUCCGACGUGUCCACCACGGUGAAUCGAUCAGUGUGCUUUUCAACUACGACUAA